AUGGACGCACACCAGCGCCACACUGCGCCCCAGCAGCGCAGCCAGCCGCCGCCGAAGGGUAGACACGCUGACAGUACCGCGCCAUCGGCCUACAGCGCCGAUGAGGCCCCGCUGACGGCGCAGCUCAAAGUGCUCCUGUACCGUAUCUACACAGGCGUCUCGCGGCAGCGGGAGUGGUUCAGGCAGCACGAGGCUAAUGCCAUGUCACUCGCCAAGGAGGCUGAUGUGCUGCGCGAGCGCUUUUUCCCUCAAGAGCCGAGCCUCCUGGAUGCCAUACAGAAGGACAUCGCCGACAUCACAGCAGGAUCAGCAGCAGCAACAGCCCCUCUUUCAUCUGGUGGCUUCUCGAGCACUGGGGAAGGAAUGGGGAAGUGUGCAGCUUCACCGCUAUUGGGGCAACAAGAAGGCUCUCAACACAUGGUGGCCUUAUCGGCUGCCACACUGCAGCGGUGGCAUCCGUCACUGUUGCACACCGUCGCGGAGGGGCCUCGGCUCCAUACCAUCGCUACACCUGGGCCUCACAACGUCAACGACGCAUGCGCCUAUUCUGUUGCCGCACCGGAUCCGGCGCUCAGCGGCGACUGUGGCCGGUCUGAUAUCGCGGAUGUUCAACGUGUGGUGCCGGCGUACCUUCUCCAGCUCACCCCUAGUUGGAUUCACGCGCGCCUCGGUGGUGAGGCGGUUGCGACAGAAGAGGCCAUGACAGCGCUCGUUGCGCUGCUGCUUCCGCUGCUUCGAGCGCUUCAUGGCGUCGUCCGCAUGACGCGUUGGCGCGUGCCGGUGGGUUUAACGAGUGACGUUGGCGCCCACGAUGGGGCGGUAACCUUUGACGUCCUACGCGCGGUCGCGAGGCAUCUUUUUUAUCUCUUGCACGAGUCGCUUUGUUGUCUGUCGUUAAGGACAGCAGCAGCAGCGGCCGCGUCGCCGGCGGGGCCACCGGCUGCACCACCUCAACUGAGCUGCGCAGAGCGCGUGGAGGCAACACAGAUCGUCGCCUCCCUGCUCAGCGGCGUAGAUAACAGUGGCGUACUACUGCAGCAGCUGCUCUGCACUGACGACGCUGAUGACGCGGGCAGCGUGACUUGUUAUCACAACGCCUCGACAACUGUGGCCGUGCCCCAAUCUGUCGUUGGCGAGGCAUUUGACUUUUUAAUUAUUCAUUACUUGGGAAUGGGUGUUGGCAGCUAA